AUGUCAUUUACGAAACGUUUGUAUGCCGCAGCAACGUUUACAAAAAACAAACUCCUUAACCUGAAUUAUUUUAAAAGUGGCUCGAAUAACGUUGACGAUAUUCGUUAUGAGAUAAUAACUACACGCUUGUACUUGACACUAUUAGUUUGUAGUCUAAUUAUUUUAAUAUCGUACAGGAGCCUAGCGUAUUACGAGCAAAUUAUCACGAUUCAAUCGCCAUCGUUACUCUUGUACAAUCAGUUACAAGAGCAAUAUCCAGACACACUUGUCUGUCCAUGUUCACAAAUAUCAAUUAAAUAUGAAUCGUUUACCCGUUUCGAUCCGAAAUUUCAAGAUGUAUGCUCAAGUCCUUUUGUUAGCCAACAGUGGUUUGAUUAUAUUGCUUAUGAUAAUAUCAGGCCAAUAAAUAAUCCAUUCUAUUUCCAAUACGAUUUCCGGUUUAUUGGACGAUAUCAAUUUCAAGCUCUUUUACUGCUAUGUCAAAGAGCAAAUCAAACAGUUUAUGAUGCACUAAUACAAUUUUACUCAACUGAACUAAUCACUUCUGAUAUUUUCAAUCGUCAGUUAUUUAAAGCACAAAUAAACGCGUUUAUCGAUCAAUUUAAAACAAUAACACAAAGCUCAUUUCAACUACCAUUCGAUAUGAUAAGAACAAUAAUACAAGGAAAUCAAAUUGUUUCAGGAUUACUAACAAACUAUAUUCCACAAUAUACAUAUUAUAUAGGUUACAGUCCGCUUUACGUCCAACGAAUAGCCCAAAUCUACGGUGAUGCGGGAGAUGAAUACGAUGGAUUUGAUUGUGACUGCUAUUCGACAGCAUCGUGUACAUCUUUUUCAAAACUUUUUAAUACAGACAAUAAUAACGAUGUCGAUGUUAUAAUUUCAAACUGGAAAUCAGGAUGUUAUCCAGUUGAAUCUCUUCUACUGUCAUCUCUCGACUGUUUCAUCAAUAAAGGUUGUUUUGAAAACAUGAAUUAUUUUUUAAGCAUUAACGUAUCAUCCUCGAUGAAUAUGACAAAUCUGAAUACUAUUACUGGCAUAAUGAACAUGACAGUAGGUAAUAUGAUUGAGCAACUGAUGAUUGUGAGUUGGAAUGAUGAAAUCGAUUUUGAUUCGUAUUAUCGUACAUGUCUGCCUUCGUAUUGUUCAUAUUUGGUAAUGGGGAGAACUGCUUUAAUUGAUAUUUUCACGACAGUUAUUGGACUGUGUGGUGGAUUAACAGCGUUAUUAAUGAUAGUCACGCCCUUCUUGGUAGAAAUGAUGCGAAAAAUUGGGCAAUAUAGGCAUGCACUUGUCACAUUGCUCGUUUAUACAUCAUUUCAAAAACACGUUGACAAUGUUCAAAUUCGUUCUCCAACAUUUGAACAUUAUCAACAGUUGUACGAUAAGUAUGGCGAUGAUCUUUCGUGUCCAUGUUCACAAAUCUCAGUCAAAUACCAUACGUUUAUCUCGUUUAACCCAACUUAUCAUCAGGUAUGCUCGAGCGCUUUUAUCACUCAAUCAUGGUUUGACUUUGUAAAUUUUGGUGCUAUGACACUGUUCAACGAUAACUAUUAUACUGACCUCCAAUACGUUGGUUCUUCGCCAUUUCAAGCACUAGCAUUAUUAUGUCAAUUGUCUGAACAAACGGUGAAUGUUGAAAUUGAACGCUUUGGUUUAACUGAUUUAAUAACGCCAGACGUUAUGUCUCAUCAGUUAUUCUUAAUGCAAAUAAAUACGUUUAUACAUAAUUUUAAACAAAAUACACCAAGUCAAUUUAUGCAAACACUAGAACUGAUACAAAUAAUGACAUACGGUAAUCAGUUACUACCAGCCAUGUCCAUCAAUUCACUGACAACACUCGAAGAUAUUGGUAAUCAUCAUUUUCAUAUGCCACCAACGUUUAUGAACUUCAGUAAUUGUAGUUGUAUAACUUCAUCCGAUUGCAUCGAAGAAAUGUAUCUUGCUAACAUGACCCAUGAUUCGCUCUACAACCCAUUGAUUGCUAAUAUUACUCAUUUUUAUACUGGCUGCUAUGUAGUUAAUGCUUUAAUGCAAUCCACUCUUGAAUGUUUUUUCAAUUUAACAUGCUUUAUACCAUUGUUUAGUAUGCUCUCAGAUAUGAAAGCCCCUCAUCCCUUGGAUCUGGUAAAUGUAACCGUCCUCGAUUCCACAAUCAAAAGCCAAUACGAACCAAACACGCUGAUCGAUGUUAUUUUCAAAAAUCUAACAAUUGAAGAAUGGAAAAAUGAAACGAAUUUCGGCAGCUACUACGGACAAUGUGCACCGUCAUUUUGUUCAUAUUCAGUUGCUACACGAAAUAAUUUGAUUUAUAUAAUCACAAAAAUUAUCGGACUAAUUGGGGGUUUAAUGACUGGGCUAAAGUUUCUCGUUCCAUUCUCAGUGCUAGUCAUACGAAAAAUCAUUGAUAAAAUUCAAAAACCACUACCGAUUGAAAACAAUGCUAUUCCACAAAACACUUUCAAUAUUGAAUUAGAUUCAAUUAUAAAUUCAUAUCAAUCACAAACUCCAAUUCCAUUUCUCACGGCGUUCUAUUUGAUGCGUGGAAUGACACAAGCAAAUCAACUUAUGUCGAGUUAUCAGACAAACUACAAAUUUGAUUUGAAUUACAAUUUUUUUGAUUUGCCUGACAAUCUUUUGGGCUCUAUUCUUACGACAUCCGUUUUAUAUGGUGAAGAUGAGUGUGAUUGUGCUCAAACAUCCACAUGUAUACAGCCAUUAAGCAUGUUCAAAAAUUUUUAUACGGGAUGUUAUCCAAUCGAAGCUCUUUUAAAAUCGACACUUGAAUGUUUCUAUGAUAAAACCUGUGUAAGAGAAUCCUCUUCUGUUAAUUUAACAGUUUCACAACAAUAUUCACCAAAUACGACUAUAGCAAAGAUUUUAGAUGGAUUUAUGAUUGAACAGUGGAAUAAUAAGAGUAAUUAUUCAGCCUUUUAUGACAAUUGUCACCCGCAAACUUGCACAUAUACAGAAACAAAACGUUAUGAUAUUCCCUACAUAGUUACAACAACGAUAGGCGUUAUUGGUGGCCUAACAACAAUAAUUAAAAUGGUAUUGCCCACGGUUAGUGAACAUCCUGCAGUAUCAUCAAUGCCUGUUAUUGCAGUAACAUCAAUGCCUGUUAUCGCAGUAACAUCAAUGCCUGUUACCACAGGUCCCAUAAUAUAUUUGUUAACAACGUCCCGUGAUCCAAUUCAGGCGCUUUGCAAUACAACAAGUGGUACCAAUAGUCAUUCAGCAUAUGCUGGCUAUGAUAUAUGUCAGUAUCCCCCAGAUGAAGCAGCUGCGAAUGCAAUCGAUCUGGAUGUGUCAACAAAAUACUUGAACUUUGGUAAUGUAAACUACGCCACGUUGUCCUAUAGCCCAGCGAUAAACACCGGUUUCUGCAUUAAACCGACAAUCAACGAUGGCCAAGGAACAAUUGUCAGACAAGUCCAAUUUGUCACAGCCGAUGAUCACCCGAUCCGAGAUCCAUUAACAAUUACAUUAGAGGGCACGAACUCGUCUAGUUUGAUGACGAAUUACGAGGGACCCGUCUGUGCCACAGAGCGAAUGGUUUUGUUGACACCAUUAAACGAUACUCUUAUUUAUGGUCUAUGUAACACGACAGCUAGUAACAAUGGUCAGUUGGCGUUUCCUGGCACCAAUGAAUGUAAUUAUCCAUCGGAUCAAUCACCAAUUUCAGCUAUCGAUAGCGAUAUGUCUACAAAAUACUUGAAUUUUGGCCUAGGUGGUGAUAAUACCAUCGUAACACAACAAAAAGGAGCUACUACCGGAUUUCUUACUGUGCCUAAGUCAAACCGUAGUAGUAUUGUCCAAGGGUUGCAGUUUCACACAGCGAACGAUUAUCCAGAGCGUGACCCACUAACAGUUACGUUGGAAGGAAGUAACCAGGUUAACCUCAACCAACUAUUAUUGCGUGCGAGUUGGGUACUUAUCUACAAUGGAUCGACUGGAAUAAACGCAACACAAAAUCCGGGGCGAUAUACCAUGGGUGAUCGAGUGAGCUCAAUAAAUAGCGCUAAUAUCAGCUAUAAAAGUUAUCGUUUGUUAAUAACAUCACAGCGUGACUACGAAACUUGUGUUCAAUAUGCAGAAGCACGCCUAUUAGGAUAUUAUGUAUAA